UCUCUCUCUGUCUCCCUCUCCUCGGUCUUCUUCGCUCGCUCGCUCGCUUUCUCUCGGCGUCUCCUUCCCCCGCUGCGCUUCCAUCGCGGAGGCAGAAGGGGGAGGCGGCGAGCCCGGGCUCCUCUCCCUCUUUUGGGCUCCCUCCCCCGGCCCCGCAUUCUUGAGAAAGGAGCAAAAGCAACAAAGAAGCCCGAAGAGGAGGAGGAGGAGCGGGAGGAGCGGGCGGCGGCGGCAGGAACUGCCGCAAGAGGCGGCCAAAACUUUGCAACGCUUUUCUUCUGCUUGGGAACUUUUUGGCAAAAGUCCGCGCCAAGUUUUUCUUUCUCCCGCUCCUUCCUGACUUUUUUGGGGGGACGGAAGAAGCAUCCCGGGGGCUGCCUCGGCCCAGGGGGCGGCUCUCCGGAUCAUGGCCUUCGGUGGGGCCCAGGCCCAGGCCGAGGCGACGGCGAUGCAGCCCGGCCCGCGACUCCCGGGACGAGGAGGCGCCUUGCGCGCGGAGCCCGGUGCGCCCUAGGCGCACGGCCGGGGAAACCCGAGGAGGCGCAGGCGGCGCGGACGCUCCGAUGGCCCGUUUGGGGCUGGUCCGGUGGCUGCUUUGGGGGCUGCUGGGCGUGGGGCUGGGCGCCCCGGACGGCGGGGCGGCGGCGGGGGCCUCGAGGCUCAACGGGAGCGCGGCGGCGGCGCCGUCGGGCCGGGGCGAGGAGCGGUGCAAGCGCGCGGCGCAAUGCGAAGCGCUCCAGCAAAGCGUGUGCCUGGGCUCGCCGCUGCCCUACGCCGCCACCUCCACCCUCCUGGCCGGGGACUCCAGCUCGCAAGAGGAGGCGCACGACAAGCUGCUCCUGUGGUCCGGUUUACGAAAUGCCCCCCGCUGCUGGGACGUGAUCCAGCCCCUCCUCUGCGCCGUGUACAUGCCCAAGUGUGAGGAUGGCCAAGUUGAGCUGCCCAGCCAGACCCUCUGCCAAGCCACCCGGGGCCCUUGCACCAUCGUGGAACGAGAACGAGGCUGGCCGGACUUCCUCAAGUGCACCACGGGCUUUCCUGAAGGCUGUCCGAAUGAGGUCCAGAACAUCAAAUUCAACAGCUCUGGGCAGUGUGAGGCCCCCCUGGUCCGGACGGACAACCCCAAGAGUUGGUACGAGGACGUCGAAGGCUGCGGCAUCCAGUGCCAGAACCCCCUUUUCACUGAGAAGGAGCACCGUGAAAUGCAUGUCUACAUCGCCUCCUUCAGCUCCGUCACCAUUUUCUGCACCUUCUUCACUUUGGCCACAUUCCUCGCCGACUGGAAGAACUCGAACCGGUACCCAGCGGUCAUCCUCUUCUACGUCAACGCCUGCUUCUUCAUGGGGAGCAUCGGCUGGCUGGCGCAGUUCAUGGACGGAGCCCGCAGCGAGAUCGUGUGCCGUGCCGACGGGACCAUGCGAUUGGGGGAGCCCACCUCCAACGAGACCCUCUCCUGCGUGAUUAUCUUCGUCAUCGUCUACUAUUCCUUGAUGUCGGGCGUAAUCUGGUUCGUCAUGCUCACCUAUGCCUGGCACACAUCCUUCAAGGCGCUGGGGACCACCUACCAGCCGCUGGUGGGGAAAACCUCCUACUUCCACUUGGUCACCUGGUCCAUUCCCUUCGUCCUCACCGUCGCCAUUUUGGCGGUUGCCCAGGUUGACGGGGACUCUGUGAGCGGCAUUUGCUUUGUGGGCUACAAGAACUACCGCUACCGAGCCGGUUUUGUCCUGGCCCCCAUCGGCCUAGUGCUGAUCAUCGGUGGCUAUUUCCUGAUCAGAGGUGUGAUGACCUUGUUCUCCAUCAAAAGCAACCACCCAGGUCUCCUGAGCGAAAAAGCCGCCAGUAAGAUCAAUGAGACGAUGUUGCGCCUUGGAAUCUUUGGCUUCCUGGCGUUCGGCUUCGUCUUCAUCACCUUCGGGUGCCACUUCUACGAUUUCUUCAACCAGGCGGAGUGGGAGAGGAGCUUCCGGGAGUACGUCUUGUGUGAGGCCAACGUGACAAUUGCCACACAGACCAACAAACCCAUCCCUGACUGCGAGAUCAAGAACCGCCCCAGCCUGUUGGUGGAGAAGAUCAAUCUCUUUGCCAUGUUUGGGACGGGGAUUUCCAUGAGCACCUGGGUGUGGACCAAAGCUACCCUCCUCAUCUGGAAGCGCACCUGGGGCAGGCUGACUGGCCAGAGCAACGACGAGCCCAAGAGGCUGAAGAAGAGCAAGAUGAUUGCCAAGGCCUUUUCCCGGCGCAAAGAGCUUCAGCACAACCCCAACCAAGAGCUCUCCUUCAGCUUGCGGACUGUCUCGCACGAGGGGCCGGUUGCUGGUUUGGUUUUCGAUAUCAAUGAGCCGUCGGGAGAUGUGUCCUCUGCCUGGGCCCAGCAUGUGACCAAGAUGGUAGCCAGGAGGGGAGCCAUUUUGUCUCAAGAUGUCUCCGUCACUCCGGUAGCAACGCCAGUGCCCCCCGAGGAGCGAGCCAACUUGUGGCUGGUGGAGACCGAGCUGUCCCCCCGGCGGGAGAAGAAGCUGAGCCGCAAGAAGAAAAAGCGGCGGAAGAAGAAGGAGGUCUGCCCCAUGGGGCCCGCCUACGACCUGGACCCCUUCGCCCCACAGCGCCUCAGCUCCGUCCCUCGCCUCCCCCAGCUCCCCAAGACCAAGUGCUUUGUCGCCAGCGCCAGGGAGGCUCAGGCCCUGAACGACGUCCUUGCGCCCAGGGCCUACCCGGCCUGGCGCCCCGCGGCCCUGCCCCAGGAGGACCCUUUUUCCAGGGGGCCGCCCCCAGAGCACCCGUUGGCCCUCGGCUGCCGGCGGAACAGCGCCGCCCUGCCUCCCGUCAGCCACCCCUUCUGCCCGGAUAACGGCCCCGUGGAGGAGGCAGGACCCGGAAGCGGUGCCUGGUUCUUCCCGGGACGCCGGCAGCCUCUGCCUCGCGGCAGCUUCCCCCAGCCACCACCCCGGAGCGUGGCCCCGGGGCCUGGCUUUCUGAGUGGCACCCCGCGCAGGGCUCCGCAGGCCCAGGGGCGGCGAGGGGAGCUGCCAGCCCCCAUGCACUCCCGGACAAACCUCAUGGAUGCGGAAUUGCUGGACCUCGAUUCGGAUUUUUAGGAUUUUGGAAAGACCCUUUCCAGAGGACUUUGGGGGGACGAGGGAGAAGAGGUUUAUUUGGUUGUAGAGCAGCCAUGACGGGAGAAUCGGACGUUCCCAACUUCUGCCCCCACCAGAAGCGGUCUCCUGGGUUUUUGCCCCGCUAGGAAGAAGCUAUAUUUUCCCUGCUGAGAUAACAAGACGGUUUUCUUUGAGCUCUUGUUUCUGACUUUGGCGCAAAAUCUUUCUUUUCUUUCCUUCCUCCCUCCAGGCGAAAUCUUGCACGUCCCAACGCGUCCGCCGUUGCCUCGCCGUUUGCUUAGGAAAACAGGCAGAUCUCCUGAGAUGGAAAUCGCUGAAUGCUUUUUCCACAGCAUGGAUCUUGCGGGAUAUUUAUUGAGGGCCAGGGAGGGUUUUUGAGCAGCGACGGUCGCAGUGCCUGUUGGGCAAGAUGUUAGAGAGGGUCCCCAAGUCUUCUCCCUGCGCUUCCAAACAGAACCUCUUCAGGGCUUGCCAAAUGGCGCUGCCCUGAAGUAGAUCCAGGGUCUCUUCCCCGUCGGCGGUGUGUGUGAACGCUCCCUCCCUCCUGUGAGCGGGCGCGCUGGUUUUCGUGAGGUGGGUGCAGAGCCCAGAGGGCCGUGUGGUUUAUUGCAGGGCCAGAAGGAAGGCGGUUGGGAUCCGUUCUGAUCUUCUAGCUGAAGAACCUUUCCCACCUCAUUCUUUCCCGGGGGUCCCAUGGCAGCGGUGGGUGGAGCCAGUGACAAAAAUGGGCGGAGCAACAAAUAGAAAAUUGUACAGUGGGCCGAGCAUCAUCGUUAGAGUUCAGUGACAUGUUCCGGCCGCCCAUAAACACGCUGGCCUUGGGGCCUGGGGACAGAUCCGAGGGUCGGAUAUCGAGGUCUUCAGGGCCAGGUUCAGACCCCAGGCCUGAGUUCCUCCACCCUGGUGUAGGAUCCAUGCUUUGGAGAUCCAGCUCUUGCCUUGCACAUUCGACGUUUGGCAAAUAGGUGUCGCAAGGGCACCUGGAGAAAAAUAUUGAUUGGACAAGGAGGCUGCAUAGACGGGUUUGGGUAUAUUGCGCUUUGUUGACAGAUUCAUGCGCAAGGCAGGGCUGCAAAUCUGUGCCAGAGCCCUUGGAUAUUGGAUAUUGCAGGUUGAAUCCCCGGAGAGUCUCCAGUCUGGAGGUUGCAGGCCUGGACCAACUCCUUUCAACAGGGCUGGGGGAAGUUGUAGCUUUCUGAAGGUUCCUGGACUCCAAUUCCCAUCAUCCUCUGCAGCACAGGGAUGAUGGGAGUUGUAGUGCAGCAGUAUCGGGGGGCCGCGGGAACAGGAUCCCCAGCUCUCCUCUAUAGGACCACUUUGUGCGAUCCUUCCAAUGGGAUUCACCCUACUCUGAGAACAUUCCCCAUAGAAAGGAUUCCCAGUUGGGAAUCAGAAGCCUAGGGUUGCUUGCGAGGACUAAGCAUCCCAGCAUGCAGUGCGUGCCACCUCUGUAUUGCCUGAUGGGAGUUGUAGUCUUGAUUUUCGUCAUCGGAAUUGAAUGGCCACUUGUGUCUCGCAUAAAGGAUGGGGGGAAAGCAACCGUCGUAUUAAGUAAACACAAACGUCCUAUUGGAUAUGGAGAGUUUGGGGGAGCGACGCCGCUCUGGUAACACGUUGAAAUAUUUCUGUUGCUCUUUUUUUAAUUUCAUGCCGUUCGUUAACAUAUCGACGUAUAAAGCGCAGAGGUGAGUUUUUGUUUUAAUAGUGUCAGAGCUUAGACUUUGUAGCUUUUUCAUAGGAAAUGAAUUUUAAAAGAGAAAAAUGCUACCCAGCAGUCCCUAGUUGGAGAAAUAAUGACUUCUGUCUUGUAGUCCCAAGGUGGAUGGCCUGAGGCUGCCUCCCCCCAUGCUGAAGCUAAGCAGGUGUGGGGCUGGUCAGUGUCUGGAUGGGAGACUGCCUGGGAAUCACCCGUGGGGGAAGAAAACGUUGACGAGGUGGGAAUACAGAUUUAAGAAAUAAAUAGUAAUUGGAACAGUC